AUGACUGUGAUCACAGUGUGGGAGACCGCAACUAAAGCAGACACAAUCAAAGAUGCUACAACCUCCGCAGAUACCGUCACCCCGGAUACAACGGACAAGACCACAGUCAGCCCAGAUAACGCAGACAUGACUACAAACACCCCGGAUACAAUGCACAAGACAACACUCAUCCCAGAUACAACACACAAGGCUACAGUCAUCCCAGAUACAACAGACAAGACUACAGUCAUCCCAGAUACAACACACAAGGCUACAGUCAUUCCAUGUACAACAGACAAGACUACAGUCAUCCCAGAUACACCAGACAAGACUACAGUCAUCCCAGAUACAACAGACAAGGCUACAGUCAUCCCAGAUACGACAGACAAGACUACAGUCAUCCCAGAUACAACAGACACGACUACAGUCAUCCCAGAUACAACAGACAAGACUACAGUCAUCCCAGAUACAACACACAAGGCUACAGUCAUCCCAGAUACAACAGACAAGACUACAGUCAUCCCAGAUACAACACACAAGGCUACAGUCAUUCCACGUACAACAGACAAGACUACAGUCAUCCCAGAUACACCAGACAAGACUACAGUCAUCCCAGAUACAACAGACAAGGCUACAGUCAUCCCAGAUACGACAGACAAGACUACAGUCAUCCCAGAUACACCAGACAAGACUACAGUCAUCCCAGAUACAACAGACAAGGCUACAGUCAUCCCAGAUACAACAGACAAGGCUACAGUCAUCCCAGAUACAACAGACAAGACUACAGUCAUCCCAGAUACAACACACAAGACUACAGUCAUCCCAGAUACAACAGACAAGGCUACAGUCAUCCCAGAUACAACAGACAAGACUACAGUCAUCCCAGAUACAACACACAAGGCUACAGUCAUUCCACGUACAACAGACAAGACUACAGUCAUCCCAGAUACAACAGACAAGACUACAGUCAUCCCAGAUACAACAGACAAGGCUACAGUCAUCCCAGAUACGACAGACAAGACUACAGUCAUCCCAGAUACAACAGACACGACUACAAACAUCCCGGAUACAACACACAAGACUACAGUCAUCCCACAUACAACAGACAAGACUACAGUCAUCCCAGAUACAACAGACAAGACUACAGUCAUCCAAGAUACAACAGAUAAUACAACACUCACCCAGGUAACAACAGACAAGGCUACAGUCAUCCCAGAUACAACAGACACGACUAAAGUCAGCCCAGAUACAACAGACAUGACUACAAACACCCCGGAUACAAUACACAAGACAACACUCAUCCAAGAUAUAACAGACAAGGCUACAGUCAUCCCAGAUACAACAGACAAGACAACACUCACCCCAGAUACAACACACAAGACUACAGUCACCCCAGAUACAACAGACAAGAUUACAGUCCCCUCAGAUACAACAGCUGAAAAAGAUACCACAGGAAGUACGAUGUCUACGAUGUCUACUAAAGUAGAUGACACAUCUUCUACAGUAACCAAGAAACCAGUCACAACCAUUGCAACAGAUGUGGGAACCAGAAGGCCUACGACUACUUUGACAGAUGUUACAACCACUGACAUGUCACCCAAUGGGAUGAUCCACUUUUCGACCUACUAUCCACACCGCUAUUCACUUUUCAAAUACAUCAACCCAUCUACGUUUAGCUUCUUCGAUCAGCUCUAUGGAGACCCAGCCAUUGCGGUAUUUGGUGCCCCGGUUGACCUCUACAGGGGUAACCCUAAGAUCUACUACCAGGACUAA